UAUUCCUCGUCGAAUUGCUUAUUGAGUUUGUGAGACAAGUAUAAUUUAGUGUCCAUCAAAAUAAAUGUGCAACAAUAUGAGAUUAACUGUUCUGAAUUCUUACAACCUUUUAGUUUUAUGUGCGGUCAUAUUUCAACAAACAAAUGCAGGACUACCAGUUCGAAAGAAAAACCGUUGUCAGUUAACAAUAUAUAAAGAAUCUGAUAUAGUCUUCUCUCAACGACAAAAUUUAUUAAGUAGCAAUUUUUGGCAAAAUGAUGACUGGGUGAUAAAAGAAUCAAGCAGCUUAUUAACCAGGCCCCAUUUUGAAGCGCAUUUUAAAGACUUCAAAACAAAGAAGCAAAAUGAAUUCGUGGUGAACUUUCCGACUUCUUACAGUUUUGCGGUAAAGGGAACAAGUGAGAUAAAUUUUUUCGCAGUCGUAGGAAACAACAAAACUCUUUUUCCCUGUGAAAUAAGCGAAGCAGAAAUCUGGACCAUAAUUACUAUUUUCAUAAAGGAUAACAACUUGUUUUUUUAUAAAAAUUAUGAAACAUUAUUGCACAAGUUGCCUCUGGUUCCAAAAGAAUUAAUGAUAGAACCUUCAACACCAGCAAACUUUAAAAUCUACGAAUAUGAGUUUAGAGAAGCCACUAGAACUACUAAGAAACACAACACAUUGAAAAUUCCAGGUUCCAAAGAGGUCUAUUUAAUUAUCUCUGUCUCUUUGUGCAACACCUGCGUUCUGGUUGCAACAUAUAAUUAUGAUAACUGUUUAAUUGUUUCAUCAAACAGCAAUAAUAAUGAAAGGUGGGAAAGAUAUAAACUAAAAAUAAAUCCUAAAAUUUCCAACCAGGUGAAGUUUAGUCGAAUCCAAAAUCCCCCACUUAAAAAUGGAUACUGGAGAUUAUACUUAACACUAACAGAUUACUCAGGAAAAGCAGACGAUGUAGUUACAGAUGUAACAAAACCUGAUAGUUUUACAAGGCGUCCAAUAUCUACAUUGUCUCCAUCCUUUCGAGACACAAUAACGUUUUCCAACAUAUCACCUCCAACGUCAGAUGAUUCAACGAAAGCUUAUUUUGUGUUAUCUAAAAAUGAUCUUAUACACUCAACAAAUCCAAUCACUGCUUACGCUUUAAUUUUAUUUGAAGAUCACUUUGACAUACAGGGUAAAAAUGGUUCGUGGGGAUCUUGGGAUGGAACUAAUAAAACUUGGCCUUCUAUACCGAAAAAUUCUUUACAGCUUACACCCAAUUUUUGGAAUCCGUUCACAAAUGAAGUACAGACCUGCAAUUUCAUAAUUGGAGCUGCCAACAAUUGUUGUAAACAACAUUGUUAUAAUGAACCUUUAAAACCUAAUACUAAAUAUUGGUUAACGGUUAGAGCUCUAACGAAUCAAGCAUAUAAUGAUAGCGCUCCACUCUCUUUUCACACAGAGAAAAUUAUAACUGAAACAACGCCAGUAUCUACAACAAUUUUGCCAAAAACAAGCCAGUCUAAUAAUUUUACUUCGCCAACAGGUCAAACAUCUGCAUUGUAUCCAUUGCUUGGUAACACAAUAACGUUUCGAAAAAUAUCGCCCCCGACGUCAAAUGAUUCAACGAAAGCUUAUUUUGUGUUAUCUAAAAAUGAUCUUGUAAACUCAACAGAUGAAAUCAUUGCUUAUGCUUUAUUUUUAUUGGAAGAGCAAUUCGACAUACAAAGUAAAAAUAGAUCUUGGAAUAGAACUCUUAAUAACUGGCCUUCCACACCGAAAAAUUCUUUACAGCUUACACCCAAUUUUUGGAAUCCGUUCUCAGAAGACAAACACAUCUGCAAUUUUAUAAUUGGGGCUAGCAGUAGUUGUUGUAGGUUACAUUGUUAUAAUACACCUUUAAAACCUAAUACUAAAUAUUGGUUAAUGGUGAGAGCCCUGACGAAUCAAGCUUAUAAUGACAGCUCCCUGUUAUUUUUUCAAACAGCUUCCGAGGAUAGCUACCAUUACAAUACUUAUUACAUUUCACUAGGAGUACUAAUUCUUGUUAUUUUGGUAACGGUUGUCCUAGUAUACAUAAUAUACAAAAUAAGAAGACGAAAUAAUCAAGCAACUCUUAUCCAAGAAGAAGAGAUGACGCUAAUCGUGAAUCAGAAACCUCUUGAAACAACAGUCAUCGACUUCAACAGUCUUCAAAAUCAUUGUUCGCAACCUACAUUCAUUACAACUUUAAAAAUCCAGUUCAAUUCCAUUUCAGAUCCUGUGCCCCAUAGUUUUUGUAAAAUUGGUUUGCAGCCUAAGAAUAUUAACAAGAACAGAGAUCGAAACCGAAUUAUACCAUACGAUACCAACAGAGUCGUCCUUAAGCCAAUGGAAGGUGUAGGAACAGAGGACUAUAUAAAUGCUAGCUACGUUGAUGGCUACAAUCGUACAAAAGCUUACAUCGCCUGCCAGUCACCCAAAUUCUCCACCAUCAAAGACUUUUGGAGGAUGAUAUGGCAAGAAAAUGUUAGUGUUAUAAUAAUGGCUUCAAAUUUUAUUGAACGUAAAAAGCGAAUGUGUGCAGAAUAUUGGCCUGAAAACGAUUCAGAGGUGCAAGAAUAUGGUGAAAUCAUAAUAAAAUUGCUUAACGAAACCACUUUUGAACUAUAUGCUUGCCAAGAGCUUGAAAUAGCUUACGGUGACGAGAGCAAAAAUAUACACCAUAUUCAUUUCAAGUGGAGUUUUGACGAUUCCAAUAUAUUUUAUCCGAAUGACGUUUUACCAGUUGUCAAACUUAUAAGACAACGGUAUGCAAAUCCACCUGGACCGAUUGUCUUUCACUCAGGUUAUGGUACAGGUCGAGUGGGAAUUUUAAUUUUAUGCGAUUUAGCACUACAGAUGAUCAGCAAAGAGAAUACAGUUGAUUUUUUAAGCUUAACAAGAACACUUAGACAUCAACGGGCGUUUAUGAUCACCAACGUGGAGCACUACAUUUUUUCACACUUACUUAUCAACGAAUACUCUUUGGAACAUUCAAGUCCCUUUCAAUAUUCCAUUGGACAAAAUAUAAAACAUGACGAUAUAAAACAACAGUUUAAGUAUUUAGACACUCUGCGUCAGUACGAUAUUAUUUUUCAAGAAGCUAGUCUUCAGUACUGCAUUCCUCGACAUCCUUUUGAAAGUGUGACAGUUGCACGAUAUGGGCAGAGGAGAAAAUAUUUAAUUUCUCGGGAACCAAAAGAGGAACAACUCAUAGAUUUCUGGAAAAUGGUGGCAAGGAAAUCGAUUGGUUGGGUUUUGUUCCUAAACAAGAGAUUUCCCUUGACGACCCGCGUAACUGGAUCUACAGAAGUGGUAAACAUUACCCGGAAACAAGUUGUGAACACAGCCUACGGCCUGAUGACCGAAGCAUCUUUACUGAUAUAUAAUAAAAUGUCGAAAGAGAAGAUCCACGACCACAAAUUAUACAUCUUUCAAUUUAACAACUGGAAAGAGAAUCAGCUGGUCCCGAAUUCAGUAUGUACCUUUAUUUCUGUGAUAAACUAUAUUCAUAGCAAAACAGCCAAGGAAAGAUUAGUUUUAGUUUCUUGCAGCGAUGGAUUUACAGCUUGUGGCUUAUUUGUUGUUUUCUCAUACAUCGUAGAAAAGUAUGAAAAUGAAGUAGAAAUUGAUGUGUGUAAUGCCAUACGACUUGCACGAAGAAGUGGAAGAUCGUUCGUUAAUAGAACGAAACAACUAACAUUUAUAUACAAAUGCAUCAGGGAUUAUAUCGAAAACUAUGAUAAAUACCAACAAAUUAUAAGUAGUAAAUGAUAUAAAAAAAAUAAAUAAAAAUAUUAAACAGUG